UCACCUUUGACACAUUUGGAAAAUUAUAUCAAAACAAAAUUAUAUAAACCAAAAACAGGAAUUCACAAUUAAACUAUGCCCAAUUCAAAACUAGUGGGGACUGAUAGAAGGAAGAAUAAUAGUCAUGCAAGCCUGCUUUUGACCACAUCAUCCACUCAUAUCCAGCAUGUGGAGAGUCGCACUAGUCUGCAUCAAAGAAAUGUAAGAGAUGAACCGACUAGUAGGGAUCUGAGUGGUUCUGGGAACAAGAAUGAUCACGAUCAAAAUAGCGCCCUGCUGUCCAAUGAUUUUGUCCUUAUGCUGGACUGUGCCCCAAGUCCCGAAGAGGCUUUCUGCGAAAAUUCAUCGGACUUCAGGACAGCAUGGUUGUGGUUCAAUAAGCUGACCACCAUGCACUGCCAUACCCUUUAUGAUCUGCGCAUGCGCAACGCGUAUAUGAGUCAUUUUAUAGUUUGCCUGAACCAAAAGCAUUUGACGGGCAUUUUUGAGGAUCCACCGCCAGCGGAAUUGAUUUGGGUGAACUUUUCGGAAAAUCAACCGGCUCCACAAUCCGUGAACCAUUCGCUUUUGACCACGGCCGCUGCAAUGCAGCGUUCCUGUGAGCUAACCCAAUCCUCUCAAGCUCCACCUGCCUCCACUUCAUCGUGUGGCUGCAGUGGACACCGCACAUCUGAGUACUGGGAUUCCUUCAGUGGUCGUCAUUCGGGCGGAACCACCGAAUCCUUACCAAAAUCGCCAUUAUCCAAGAAACGGCAGCUCCUUCGCUCCGUUCCCGCAACCAGCGAUGACGAAAUCCAUCAGAUAUUCCGAAACAAUCGAGCCAAUUUCAGUUUAAGCCGCUCCUCCACUUGUACCCAUUUAACCAGAAGUCGUUCCCUAUCAUCGUCCGCUAGAUUCCGACCCAGAAAUAAAAUUCCCAAUGCCUUUCGGAAUUCAGACAAUCGCAAGUCACCCGAGGAGGCCCGAAAACGUAUGAUCAAAUUGAUGGAACUCAUCAGGAAAGAAUUGCGUGGCGAACCGGAUUUGGAGAGCAAAGACAUCUUGGAGGAGGAAUUAAAAAGAUACCGAGAGUUCUUUGAGCAGCACAUGCAGGAUAAUUCCGAUUUCGAGUCACAUCUGGAAAAGAAUUCCAACUCGGAGCGCGUUCAUCUGCUUCUCAAUAUGCAAACAGAUCUAAUUAGGAUGCUGAACGAGGAUCUAUCGUUAUAAUCAAAUUUAUGUUUAAAAAAAAAUAACCAAAAUUAUUGUAAAGGAUCUUUUAUAAUAAAAAAGGUUUAUGCUGUGCAUAAAUUACAAAA